ACCCAGACCCGGACCCUGGCUACACUACCCGGACCCUGACCCAGACCCUGGCUCCACUACCCAGACCCAGACCCGGACCCUGGCUCCACUACCCAGACCCAGACCCUGGCUCCACUACCCAGAACCUGACCCAGACCCUGACCCAGACCCUGGCUCCACUACCCAGACCCAGACCCAGACCCUGGCUCCACUACCCAGACCCAGACCCUGGCUCCACUACCCAGAACCUGACCCAGACCCUGACCCAGACCCUGGCUCCACUACCCAGACCCAGACCCUGGCUCCACUACCCAGAACCUGACCCAGACCCUGACCCAGACCCUGGCUCCACUACCCAGACCCAGACCCAGACCCUGGCUCCACUACCCCAGACCCAGACCCGGACCCAGACCCAGAACCAGACCCUGACCCGGACCCUGACCCAGACCCUGACCCGGACCCUGGCUCCACUACCCAGACCCAGACCCAGACCCUGGCUCCACUACCCAGACCCUGACCCAGACCCUGGCUCCACUACCCAGACCCAGAACCAGACCCUGACCCAGACCCAGAACCAGACCCUGACCCGGACCCUGACCCAGACCCUGGCUCCACUACCCAGACCCUGA